CAUCCUUUCUAUCUGUUGCGAGCAAACUACAUCAAUCUAGCUACUCCUGCUUCCUAAAGCAUCCAACUUUUUGUUUAUUGUACCCACCAUGUCCGUACCACAGUACGUCGCCAAGGAGCCUCUUGUUCGCGACCUGAGAGACUUCAUCAGUCGCGACGCGGACCGCGUCAAGCGUUUCAAUGAUGCCAUCGCAACCGCUGUCGCCGGUAGCGCAGAAGGUGAGGACGACGAAAUGGCCAACGAAGGCAUCAAGACCUUAGACGACUACCUCCGCUUCUGCGACGACCUUCUCCAAUGGGUUCCCAAGGUUAGCAGCAAGGGCGACGAGCUCCUUCAGAAGAUCCUCGUCUUCUACUGGGUCUUCGAUCAGCCCGCACUCCAUGGUCUCCAAACGGAAAUCCAGCCGCAGAACUCGAACACGGAUCUCAGCUGGCUUUCCUACUGGCUUGUGACAUUCGCACGCCAACAGGGCUUAUUCUUAAGUACGCCGCAGUCUGCUGCCUCCGUGUACUCUUUCUAUAGAAACGAGAAGUAUAACAAGGAGGCGGCUCUCUGGGCAGAACCCAAGUCCGGGUGGGUGUCGUUCAAUCACUGGUUUGCUCGCGAGUGGCAGGAUAUCGACUCGGCUCGUCCGCUCGCUGGGCCGAAUGACGAUAAGGUCAUUGUCAGUGUAGCCGACUCCAUGUUUGACGGCAGUUGGGAUAUCGUGGAUGGCAAUGUUACCAUUGCCAGCAUCGAUACCAAGGGGGUAGAAUGGCCGAUUCAGAAAUUGUUACAAACCACGGCUAUCGAUUAUCACAACGGGAUGUUCAUGCAUGCUUUCCUCGGCCCUACCGACUACCACCGUCAACAUGCACCCGUGAGUGGUGAGGUCAUUGAGGUCAGGAAUAUCCAAGACCAGGUCUACCUCCAGGUUGCUAACAAGAAGGGUCACCUGUCCGGCGACCGGGGACUGGUCCGGGCCCCGCAUAUGAUCACGAAACGCAGGGAAAAGCUCAAGGGUGGCCAUAACUUUUACGACCUGGAUGCACCGGACGAUGCCGGGUAUCAAUGGUGCCAGACUCGUGGGCUCGUCGUCAUCCAGACGAAGGACUAUGGCAAGGUCGCGGUGUUGCCCAUUGGCAUGGCUCAGGUGUCCUCCGUUGUGAUGACCGUGAAGAAAGGCGACCUUGUCAAGAAGGGCGACAACAUCUCGUACUUCCAAUUCGGUGGCUCGGAUGUGGUUGUCGUCUUCGAGAAGAAGGUCACUUUCAACCCGGAUUUUAAGCCGGGUGAGACGAAAUUGAACGUGAGAUCGGAAUUGGCCAGGUUUCAGUGAGGAACGCGGGGCGCUAUCCCGAGUCCUGUUUGGGUAUCCCGUUAACAAAAGCUUGGUUUUUUACUUUCUUGGCUGUUCUCGAUCUGCGAUGUAA